AUGCCCCAGCCUGGGCUAUGGCUGAAGAGACUCUGGGUAUUCCUGCAGGUGGCCCUGCAUGUGGCUGUGGGCAAGGCGCUGCUGACACUCUUUCCCGGAAGAGCCAAGCAGCAGCUCCUGGCCAGGAGCCAGAAGACUGGUCUGACCAAGAACCCCCACUUCUCCUAUGAGAACUGGGGCCCAACCUUCUUCAGCACCCAGUAUUUCUGGUUCAUCCUAAAGGUGUAUUGGCAGCGACUGGAGGACUCAGCUAAGCAAGGAGGUCUGGCCCCAAACUGCCCCGUGGUCUGCCUCUCAGGCCAGAGGUGCAACAUUUGGGACUUCAUGCAAGGCAACAGGCCAUUGGUGCUGAAUUUUGGAAGUUGCACCUGACCUUCAUUUCUUUUCAAAUUUGACCAGUUCAAGAAUCUUGUUGAAGAUUUUAGUCCCGUGGCAGAUUUUCUAAUAAUUUACAUUGAAGAAGCACAUGCAUCAGAUGGCUGGGCUUUCAAGAACAAUGUGAACAUCCGCAAUCACCGGAAUCUCCAGGAUCGCCUGCAGGCAGCCCGCCUGCUGCUGGACAGGAACCCCCAGUGCCCUGUGGUGGUGGACACUAUGAAGAACCAGAGCAGCCAGCUCUAUGCAGCACUGCCCAAGAGGCUCUACAUACUCCAGGAAGGCAGGAUCCUCUACAAGGGUGGACCUGGUCCUUGGAACUACCGCCCAGAGGAAGUUCGUGCUAUUCUGGAAAAGCUCCACAAUUAA